AUGCUACAAGACUCUGAUCAAUUGUCAGGAUCAGAAGAAGUGCAAGAAGCGCCAAGAUCAAGAUCCCCCGCUGGUGUGCGGCAAAGACUUCUGCAGGCCUCGCGAAGCAACUCCACUGUUUGGUACUUUGAAGUUCAUCUUGGUGGUGCUUUGGAAUCAGUGGCACAGCAGCUACCACCAGGGAGGCCACAUCUAAGAGCAGCUCGAGAGUGUUUUUGUGAACUUCUCAAUGCUGCUGGUGCUGCGGUUGCUUGGCCACGGCCUGGUCUGCUUUGCGUACAUCUUCUGGUCCCGGAAGAGACUGAGACAUCAGAAGGUUCCUCUUGGUCACACUGGCUGGUGAAGUGCCACCUACGUGGAGACCUCGCAGUAGCUGCGAAGGCGUCCUUGCGCACCGCCCCAAAAGGCUUUGACUCCUUGGAGGUUGAACAUGUGAGCACUCCUCUGCCUGUGAAGGACUUCUGGCUUGAUGCAUCAGAGGCUGCGAUCUCGAAGUCUGUGAUGGGAGGCUUUGUUUGGAGUCAUGGACUGCAGACUCGUGAUCUCUUGCUUUGGAUCGACGGGCGGCCCUCCGCGGAGAUGUCGCCCGAGGAGGUGUCAGCCGAACUGCGAGGCACCCGACCCUUGCGCCUAUGUUUCGUGCGGCCUGGAUUGCCGAGUCGAUCCCUAGCGAGGUCUCCUGCUGCCUCUGCUGAUGUGAACGAGCACAUUGAUCAAGAGCUGGAGGAUCUUCGUAGUCGGCGACUCCAUUUGCAGCAACUGCAGCAGAAGCUGCUGGAGGCACAAUCACAGCAGCUGCAAGCAGCGAAGGAAGCAAAGGCGCUGGCCUUGCGUAAAGCGACUGGAACAUCAGGAGGAACAGCCAGUCUGCCAGCGUCUUUGCCCGAGACUGGGGUGCUCAUGGUCAGUGCAUCAGGAGCAGCCCAGGCAAUGCCUCCAUCACAGAUUGCACUUGCAGGGGCAACAGGCGUUGCCCCUCAUGUUGCCACGCCCGGCAUCCAUGCUGGCUCUCUGGCUAGCACCCCUGCUGGCAUGUAUGCUGACGUCGUUGCUGGACCUCAUGCUGGUGCGUAUCCUGGUGCCGUUGCUGGUGUGCAUGCUGGUGUGCAUCCCUGUGCCGUCGGUGGUGCGCCUGCAGGAAUGCAUCCUGGUGCCGUCGCUGCUGGUAUGCAUCCUGGUGUUACUGGCGCGCCUGCAGGAAUACAUCCUGGUGCCGUUGCUGCUGGUAUGCAUCCUGGUGUUACUGGCGCGCCUGCAGGAAUACAUCCUGGUGCCGUUGCUGCUGGUAUGCAUCCCAGUGUUACUGGCACGCCUGCAGGAAUACAUCCUGGUGCCGUUGCUGCUGGUAUGCAUCCUGGUGCUGAUGCUGGUGCGCCUGCAGGAAUGCAUCCUGGUGCCGUUGCUUUGGAUGCUGAAUCUGAGAAGUUCCAAGGGGAGCAAAGCCUUGCCAUCCUGGGUUCUGAAGAAGCACAAGAAGCGCUGGAGCCGCUAGAGCUUGCAGAAGCCAAAGAGCCGGAUGCCGAGCUCCGAGUGGAGCAAAGCUGUGCUGUUGUGGCUUCUGAAGAAGCACAAGCAACACUAGAGCUGGCAGAAACCAAAGAGAAGGACGAGUGUGAGGAGUCUGCCACCAAGGAGGUCGAGAACUCCGAAGCCUUGUUGGAACACCAGGAAAAGGAGAUUGCCUUGGCAAAGGCGGAGCGGGAAGAAGCUGCUGCAGCCCGGGAAGAAGCUGCUGCUGCUCGGGUGGAAGCCACUGAGCAUGCCAUGCAAGAGGUGGCCUUGGAAAUGGAGCGCCUGCGUGAAGGUCAAAGCAUGGCUGAGCUGGCUCGAUCUGAGGCACAAGAGGCACAAGCCGAAGCGCUAAAGCAGGAAGGUCAAGUGCAAAGAAUGGAGCUUGAAGUGGCAGAAGAGGAGAAGGUUGCAUUGAGCCGCUAUGCCGAGAAGGAGCAGGAGCUGCUGGGGGAGACCAAAGCUGAGCAGGAAGCUAGCGUGAGAGCUAGGACUGAAGCGCGUCAAGAGCUGGAUGCCGAAGUGGACAAGCUCCGAGUGGAGCAAAGCCGUGCAGUCAUGGCUUCUGAAGAAGCACGAGAAGCGCUAGAGCUUGCAGAAGCAAAAGAAAAAGUGACGCAUGAGUGUGAGGAAGCUGCUGCCAAGGAGAUCAAGAACUGGGAAGCCUUGUUGGAACAGCGAGAAAAGGAGAUUUUUGCAGAAAGCGAAAUCCGUGAACGCGCUCGCGAUGCCGAAGCGCUGGUGCGCUACGAACAGCGGGAGAAGGAACUGCUUGUCCCAGCGAUUGCCUUGGCGAAGGCUGAGCGGGAAGAAGCUGCUGCAGCUCGGGUGGAAGCCACUGAGCAUGCCAUGCAAGAGGUGGCCUUGGAAAUGGAACGCUUGCGUGAAGGUCAAAGCAUGGCUGCGCUGGCUCGAUCUGAGGCACAAGAGGCACAAGCCGAAGCGCUAAAGCAGGAAGGUCAGGUGCAAAGAAUGGAGCUUGAAGUGGCAGAGGAGGUGACCAAAUGGGAAUCUCAGCUGGCGGACAAAGAGAGAGGGGCAUUGAGUCGCUAUGCCGAGAAGGAGCAGGAGCUGCUGGGGGAGACCAAAGCCGAGCAGCAAGUGGCCGCUGGACUUCGAAUCCGAGAGCUGGCGCUCCGAGCAGGUGAGGAAGAUCUUCUGGCCACGCUCCGAAAACGUGACCAUGCCAUGCAGAAGCAGGAGAAAGAGGUGCAAGCCAUGGAGUCGUCUGCAGAAGCGAUGAGGGAACGGGCCCAGCACCGGGCGGAGGAGUUAGCUGAGCGCCUACAGGAACGAGCACAAGAGUUGUCCUUUGCAGCCGAAGCGCGGGAGAACCAUCUGGCGGAACGAGAAAGGGAGCUGAAUUCCGUGGUCACAGAGCAGUUGGAAGCUAUGGAGGACCUGAAGAAGCUGCGGAGUGAUUUUCACAAGGCAGAAACGGCCGCUGCAACCCUGGAAGCCGACCUGAUCCACCAAGAAGUGAGCAAUCGAGUUCUUGUUCUUGAAGCCAAAUCUCGAGAUACGCAAUUAGGCUUUGUCGUUGGUGGCUUUGAUUCUGGUCAAUUGAUUGUGAGCAAGGUGCUGCACGGCUCAUGGGCUGAGCAAAAGGGCCUGAAAGAAGGAGAUGAACUUACAGGGAUUGAUGGUAAAGACGUGAAGGAAUUAAAGGAACCAGAGAUUUUGGAGUCUCUGCAAUCGCGAAGGCCUUUGAAGAUCACCUUCCUCAACCCAGACAAAGGUCAAGCGCUUUCGCAGUCUACUCUGUCUACUCAGGCAGCUGCAAAGCCACGCCCUGUGCCAGCGCCAAGCCCUGCCAUGCAAGAGGGUGCUGAGAACGAGUUCUGGCAGCCGACAGAGAAGCAGGCCGAGUCCUUUGAGCUGCUCGCAGAUGAAUCGGUGAAGCAGUUGGGUCUUGAUCUCACUGGGGUGCCUCCUUCAUCCGUACGCAUCAAGCAAGUCCUGCCGGACUCUUGGGCAGACAGCAAGGGCGUCAAUGCAGGAGAUGAACUUGUGAUGGUGAACGGCAGCCUUACCUCUGCCCUGACCCAGAGCCAGAUUGGAACUGCGCUGCGCCAUCGACCCUUGCGUAUCACUAUGAUGAGAAGCAGCAGCAAAAUCAGAAGGAGCAGCACAGUGAGCAGUAAAGUGCCGGAAGGAGAGCUUGUCUCCGUGGAAGCCACUCAAUCAGAUGAGCGCUUGGGCUUCAAACCAGCUGGCAAACCUCCUGGGCGGGUCUACAUUGAGAAGCUCUUCCCGAAGAGCUGGGCUGAAAAGCAAGGUUUGCUCUUGAACGACGUCUUAGAAGAAGUCAAUGGUCAGAAGUUAACCGAGAUCAGCCAAGAGGAAUUGGAUCGCCUCAUCAAACUCCGGCCGCUCAAGAUGCUCUUCCGCCGGUCGGCUUCUUCUCAUGCCACGCGCGGGAGCACGACCGCUACGAGCACAGCAGCGGCGGCCUUGCAAACAUUGAAGGUGGCCUCGAAGCUUAAGCCGAAGCCCAAAGCAAUAGCUGCUGCACCUGCCGGACCCCUGCGCCCAAGCGUAGAUUUAGAGUUGCCGGCGGGUGAGAAGCAGCUUGGCUUCGUUCCUUGGGGACUCCCACCAGCGCGAGUGAUGGUUCGACAGGUGACGGGCUCCUUGGCACAAAAGGCCUUCCUCCAAGCUGGCCAUGAACUGGUGGAAGUGAACGGUGUGAAUGUCAGGGACAUUCCACGUUCGGAGUUGGAAAGGACACUUCUGACUAGGCCACUGAAGCUCCACUUUGUGGCGAGUGAAGAUGCUGGUGCCUUUGCUGUACCAGCAGCUCGAGAUGCUGAAAUUGAAGAUGAAGAGGUGCAAGCUGGGAUCUUGGACCUUGUGGCCACCCCGGCGAAUGAACACCUCGGCUUUGAAACGACCAGCAGUUUGAGCUUCAACGCCGUGGAGGUUGCAAAAGUCUCCUCUGGCAGCUGGGCGCAGCGCAUGCGGAUCAGGAUUGGCGAUCACUUUCUCUCGAUUGAUGGUACUCCAGUGGGGUCCUAUGCCGGCGCAUCGUUGAAUGAGGCCAUUAAGAGUCGGACGCGACCAAUGCGCUUGCGCUUCCGCCGGCAAGGAGGGACGCGUGCUGUGGGGGACCAGCGGCGAUUGGAUGUGCUCGCCACCGAGGCAGAUACGGAGUUGGGAUUUUUGAUGAGCGGGCAGCCGCCCAGCGAGGUCAUCGUGUCCAAGGUGAUUCCAGGAAGUUGGGCCGCACAACGUGGACUUCAGGAGAAGGAUGAGUUGGUGGCAGUGGCAGGACAACCCACCAGCAGUUUGAGUGGUGCUGGGCUGAUGCGAUAUUUGCAGUCAGUCCGGCCUUUACGUUUGCGCUUUCACUUGGCGCCAGGUGGGCCGUUGCCACCCAGACCAAAGCCCAAAGCCGAAGCGAAGCCGGAGCCCAAGGUGGAGCCACCAGAGCCUGAAGCGACGCCCAAGGCCAAAGCCAAAGGUCGUUUGGGCCGUGCAAAGCUGGCGCAGAUGCUGGUGGGUGACAUGAUGAAGGCCAAGACUCAAGAAGAGGAGGUGCCCACGAGUCCCCAGUCGCCGCCUUCGCCAGUGGCACCAGCGCCGCCCGUGUCGCCGGCGGCACCGGUGAAGAAGGCGCCGGCGCCCACGAGCCCCAAGGCUCCUGCGCCGUCGGCGCCCGCAGUGGUAGCAAAAGCAGUGGUCACUCCAGCGAAGCCCAAGGCGGUGGUGAAAGUUGGUGCUCGACCAUCAGAAAGGCCGGGUCUUCGACCUGGUGUUGCCCAGGAGGAUUCAUCCAGCGAUGAUGAUGCCAUGGUUGAGUUGUCUGCUAGCGUGCAGGACAAGGACUUGGGCUUUGAUGUCGCGCAGCGAAGCGGAUCAACGAGCUUCGUGGUGUGCAAGGUGAGCCCCAAUAGCUGGGCCUCGCGCAUGCGGAUCGGUGUGGGCAACGAGUUGCUCUCGAUCGGUGGCCAAGCGGCCAAGAAGAUGAAGCUUGAGGAGAUCCAAUCCAUGCUUUCGCCCGAGGGUGCCGGAGGCUCAAUAUGGUCUGAACCUGCCGGGAACACCGACCGUAGCUUCACCGAGGGGGAAAGCUCCGGCAGACGAGUUCCGGCAGAGCUCGGAGCUCCGGAGCUCCGUGAAGGUCACGACGAACUCAAGGGAUGUGGCGAGCAGGGACGGACGGUCACAUACUUUUGGUUCCAAAGUAUGGCUACUCACGUCUCACUUGAUGCUCAAGGUGUGAUACUUCCCUGGACUUCGGCAACUCGAUCCCAGACCGGUGCACCGAAGCGAGUCUUCACCAAGCGAGGACGCAUUGCAGUGAGAAAAGUGAUCCUGACCUCUGGGAUUCCUUAUCUUCCCCCUGGAUGGGGCCUCGUGAUCGAGGUUGUCCUGAUGAUGGUCUUGCUCAGAAAGUUCAUUCUGGAGUGGCAUGUGCAGGCCAAAUAUUUCGACCACCUGGUGCCUAGACAGGAAUACUUCAACAAGAGCCACAUCAAGUUCGGUUUGGCGAUGCUGGCUCUCGAAGCAGCCGACCUCUUGAUCUUCGUGCUGCUACGGCCCAGGUUCCGCUUUGCCUUUGUUGCGAGAUCUGGCUACCUGUGCUUGCUGCCUGCGGUCACGCGCUUGGCCCGAUGUGUUGCAGCCUGCUUGUGGGAGAUGAUCUCAGUGGCCGUCUUCUUGGUCGGAACUGUGCUCUUCUUCGCGUGGAUUGCAGUGACGAUCUUCAAGGACUUGGACCAUGGCACCAAGGGCUUCACUUCCUUCAAAGACUCCUUAAACUCGAUGUUCAUCGCCGGAGUCUCGGACGAGUUUGUCAGCGUCUUCCUGAAGUCGUACACAGCCUAUCGAUUUGUUGGUAUCUUUUGGCUGAUCUUCCUUGUCAUCGCUCAUGUUUUGCUGCUGAGUUUGGUGCUGGACACCUUGUGUGCUGCAUACAUGACCUACACAGAGCACACUUCAGAGGUACAGGCGGAGCAAUGCAUCCUGGGCAUGUGGAAGGCCUUCAAGACUCUGAGCAAUGCCACAGGGGGCGAGGAGAAAGAGGUCACCAAGAAUAAUUUCUUCCUCUUUCUGCAGGAGAUCAGCAAAUCGCCCAGAUCUUGUGGAAUUUCGAGUGAGGAGGCGCAGAUCAUGUGGGAUGCCAUCGACAAGGACCAGUCAGGAAGUAUUGAUCCUGAAGAGUUUCUAGAUGUUGUUGUAUUGAUCCAGUACGAUUUCUGGACAACAAGGAAGGACUCCUGCAUCAAAGACUGGUUCCCCGGAUUGUGGGAAAAGCCUUGGUUCAGGAACUACCGCUUCUUCGUGGAGGGCGGUGAUGACCUGGACUUCUCGGUGGUGACUCUCGACCGGCUAGUGAACCUUGUCCUCUUGGUCAACUUGGUGUUGGUGGUGGUCGAGAGUUACUAUGACCUCAGCAAGUGGGAGGAACCAUGGUGGAUGGACUCGGGGGAGCUCAUCUUCUCCUUGAUUUAUCUGGGUGAGUUUUUUGUGAAGAUCUCGGUCUAUUCCUUUGAUGAGUACUGGUCCAGCGUUUCCAACCAGUUCGACUUCUUCACGACGUGGCUCUUGUUGAGCACCGCUGUAGCUGAAAGGCUAUUUGCUAGUGGAAUCUCCACCUAUGCCAACAUGCUGCGAUUGCUGAGGUUGGUGAGAGUGGUGAAGAAUCUCAAGAAUCUGGAGUCUGUGCAAUUCAUGACGGACACCGUGUUCAAGUUGGUGAUGGCAUCGAAGGACAUGAUCACCUUGCUUGGAGUGGUGGUGUUCUUCUUCUGUGCCUUUUCGGUGCAGGUCUUUGGUGGAGAUCUUUAUGAGAACAAUGAUCAGCUUGAGGGCACCGAAUACCUGGAGAAGCACAUGUUUGUGCUGAACUUCAAUGACAUUCCAAGCGCCUUUGGGGUCUGGUUUGUGCAACUUCUUUGCGAGUACGAGCCCAAUUUCCCAGAGGCGGUUUCUCGAACCUCGUCGUUUCCCUUUGGCUGGAUGAUGUUCCCCGUCUUCUACGUCCUGGGCGUUAGCAUCGUUUUUGAGUUGGUGAAGGCCUUCACGAUAGAAGUCUUCAUGAGCCUCAAGCAACGCUGGAACGAGUUGAAGCUUCGGGAAGGUGGUCAGGGAGAUGGCGCCGCGGAGGACUUGGGCCUUGACAUGAGAAGCUUCACCAAGGCCUUUGAGGACAAGGGUGAGGUUCUCCACUAUCGCGUCUCGGGGCAUCCGUCGCAGGCCGCCAAUAUGCGGGAGGCGAAGCACCGGAUCCUGUCAGGCGGCGGCCACAGCCCGCACAGCCCGCACAGCCCGCACGGUGGCCACGGUGGCCAUGGUGGCCACGGUGGCCACGGUGGCCACGGUGGACAUGACGAGUGA